GAAAUAUUUCACCGCUAUACUCGCAUCAGGUGGUGAACAGUCCUGCUCAAAUUGAAACCCUCAAAAGAAGCCGCAGUGAACGCUCGCGCAGAAAAUCCCCGAGGUAGUGUUCGCGGCGUCGCCAAUCUGGGGCCGGGCGCUUGGAGACGCGUCAAAUAUACACGCGGACAACCGCCAAAAGCACAGAAAGCGUUAUGGCAAAUCGUCGCCCUUUUGAUCAUCGUCCAAUCCAGACAAGCGCAGUCCUCGUCCUCGGCUCGUCCAGAACCAAGACGUCGCCGCCGCCUUCACCGCCUUCACCCCCAGAGGAGCUUUGUGAGCCUCUUGAAUCAUUGAGCCUACCUCCUUCGGCCAACGACCAGGCGGAAGAGGAACGACGAAAGACCUCGACACGCCUACGCGCUGCAGUACAUGUAUUGAACACAGAAGCGCUCGCUCUCAGGGCAGUGACGCGCUUGUACGAGACGGACCCCAUUGCCCGUGACGGCUUCAAUCGAACCGUGGCAGCGAUCACUCGCCAUGGCAAUGGACAGGGCAAAGUGGUCAUCACUGGGGUCGGCAAGUCAGGUCACAUCGCCAACAAGCUCACGGCGACAUUUAAUAGCCUUUCGAUUCCCACAGUCUUUUUGAACCCGCUAGAUGCUCUCCACGGCGAUCUCGGUAUCGUAGGCCAGCACGAUACCCUCCUGUUCAUCACCUUUUCGGGCAAAACAUCGGAGCUUAUGGGUCUCAUUCCACACCUCCACAGGUCAUCGACAUUGGUUAUCCUGACGGGUCACACUCGCUCGGAUACGUGCGACCUGAUCCAGGCCAGGCCUGGCACGGUACUACUGCCAGCACCGGUACACGAGUCCGAGACAUCCUCGUUCGGUGUAUCAGCGCCCACAACAUCAACCACAGUCGCGCUGGCGGUAGGCGAUGCCGUUGCCAUAGCCGCUGCGGAAGAGCUGCAUCCCAGCGUGGCAGGCGUUUUUGCCCGAAACCACCCGGGCGGCGCAAUCGGCGCUGCCUUCCGGCAGAAGCCCGGGACGAUCAAGGAGAUAGCCGUGGCCUGGUCUGAAAUUCCGGACAUUGUGGAACACGACAGCAUAGGAGCCGACGUGCUCCGCGCAGGCUUCGAUUCAUCGACAAAGUGGGUGCGCAACGGCGACUGUGUAGCAUCACCGAGCAGGAUCCGACGACUCUGCGGGUCAGGGUCCGGAGACUUGAACCGACGAGCUGGGGAGAUUCCCGGCCUAAUGGUUUCCAGAGACAAGAUGCUUUCCAUCUCCGCGGGCACCAGCGUACGGCGAGCGUUGGAAUUUGUCCGGAACGUCAGGGGUAUGGCAGUGACGGCGGAUGAGGAGAACGACACGACGUGCGAUGCAGACUCGGUGCUGGCAGUACUGGAGAUGGGGGAGAUUGUCGGCGUUGUUGAGGUGGGAGAUCUGUUGGGGAAAAGUGAUGUGUGGUGA